AUUUACCUAUAUCUAUAUAUAUUAUACAGAGCACAAGUGUUACUAUAAAAACGUUUGCUCCGAAUAACUAGUACAUCAGUCUUGCUUUCGUGCUCGUUAGCAAACUUCCGGUUAGUAAAAAUCAAUCACGAUCAUCAUGGCUACUAAGUUUUUGGUUACACUGGGAUCCAUCCUAGCAGUUGCUCAAGCAGGAGUAAUAUCAGGACCAGUUGCAGUGCCAGUUGCCAAAGCCGUCACAGACUACGACCCCCAUCCUCAGUACUCGUACGCUUAUGAUGUCCAAGACGCGAUAACUGGAGAUUCUAAAUCACAACAUGAGACCAGAAACGGUGACGUCGUAAGCGGAAGUUACAGUCUGAUUGAAGCUGAUGGCACAAGACGAGUUGUUGAGUAUACUGCUGAUCCAGUUAAUGGAUUCAACGCCGUUGUACAUCGAGAACCAGCUGUCGUUAAUGCUGUACCAGCACCUGUACCUCCCCCAGCACCAAUUGCUCCAGCAGCGCCAACUUUUUUCAAAAGUGCGCCGGUUCCAGUUGCUCCUGCAGUACCAGUAGCUCCUGCUCUGCCAGCACCUCAUGCUUUUCCAGCAUCUUAUUCACCUUACUCGCCAUUUUCAUCUCUAGCUCCAUUCCCAUCUCCAUCUGGCGGAUUUCCGGCUUACGCUAGAUCGCCAUUUUUUGGUCCCGCUCCAGUUCAUGCUCCUGCUCCAGUGUAUCCAUUUAGAUUUUAAAUUAUCAUAACUUGUAGCCAUUUAUGAC